AUGAACAUUCCAGAGAUGAAGAGGAACACAGAGGGACCAGGUGUAGGAUUGCUCCUGCUUUUUUGUCUGGCUGGAGUUGGACACUCGUGUGUGGAUCCUGAAUCGGCCUACAGGCUUACCGGCAUUGUGUGUAGGCUCACAUACCCUGCGGCUGCUGUGUUAAAUGAAAAAACCACAGAAGUAAUCCAGGCUGCAUUCCAGCAUGCUAAAUAUCCAAGUAUUCAGGGGGAGAAGUCAGUUCCAUUCAUGGGCAAGCUGAAGUAUGGAAUAAACAAUCUGGAGAUCUACAAUCUAACAAUUGGAAAAAGUGAAUUUGAGCUGCAGGAGAAUGAAGGCAUUGCCAUCACUAUCUCCAAUGUAUCUGUUGUUUUUAAGGGGACCAUUACAUAUGAAUACGGGAGCAGUCUCUUCUCACUAAGCCAGUCACUUGAUUUUGACAUUGAGUCCCAAAGUGAUUUAGUCAUCAGUUUUAAGCUAUACUGUGGGAAAAGCAGAGUAGCUGCAGACACGUCUGAUUGCUACCUUACUUUUCACAAGCUGCUACUCCUACUGCAAGGUGACCGAGAGCCUGGCUGGUUGAAAAAAGUGUUUACUAAUUUCAUCACUCUCACAGUAAAGCUGGUUGUAAAGGGGCAAAUAUGUAAGGAAAUAAACAAGGUGGCAAAUAUCCUGGCAGAUUUUAUUCAGGACACUGCAGAGCAGUUUUUGAGUAAUGGAAACAUCUCUGUGGAUAUUGGUAUAACCUCUUCUCCCGUCAUCACCACCAAUUACAUUGAGUCUUACCACAAGGGUCUAGUAAGCUAUAAUAGCAGCACCUCAGCGAUCAAAGACUCUGUGUUUAAGCCAGAGCAGAUUUCAGAGGACCGCAGCCUAUACUUUUGGCUCUCUGAUGUUUCCCUUGACACUCUAAUAACGGCAGCAUACCACGAUGGACGAUUCGUCAAAAACAUCUCUAGAACAGAGCUCACUGACAUGUUCCUGAUACAGCUAUCCAUAGACAGGCCUAAUUUAGUGAGCAAGUGGCUAUUGUCUGAGGAACCGAUGCUAAGAGCAUGGAGUGCAUCAGUGCCUCGUUUCUGGACGACACCGCAAGGCUCAUCUGUCAGGGUAGUGGCUGCAGUGGAGCUCUCUUCAGCAAAGCAGGACAGUCCUGUGCUUUACUUUGAGACGGAAAUGGAAGUAUCUGUAAGAGCCUCUUAUGCUGAAAAGAAAGUCAUCCUGAAGGCCACACCAGUGUAUAUAUCUACAUCAAACUUUUCCAUCUCAGAAGGUGUUACUGAGAAGGGCUUAAGUGCUUAUCUUCAGGAAGCUGUUGAGAAGAUUGGGAUCCCUAAAGUCGGAUCCUAUCUAGAGGCAGCAACAACAGCAGUGAUGGACAAGCAGGGCCUCAAUCUAUUUGACCUCAUCAAUCCGGAAGUAAUACCAUAUAAUGGUUAUGUCUUGGUGCAGAUGGACUUUGGUUUCCCACAGCAUCUACUGGUGGAGUUCCUCAAGGAGAUGCUGGAGUAACUGCAGGCUGCUUAUAUAGACUAGUAUAUUUACAUUUGUUUACAUAUAUUAGUUUGAAAGAGCAUUUUUGUAGCAAGAAUUUUUGUAGAAGCAUACAUCCUGCUUAUUUUGUUACAGUAGUACAUUUAAUAUAUAUACACUUUAUACAUCAAAAAUCUGUGAAAUAUAUUAGUCCUGAUAACAUUAUGAAUUCUUGUGCCUUUUUUUUCCUACUUCACAAUAUUUGGGGUCAACUUCCAGGUUGUUGUAACCACACAAGCCUUAAUAUUAUGUCAUAUUGAUUAAAGCAUGUUAUUUCUUUCACACAAUGGUUUAGUAACACCUAUCAGGCCAGAAAAUAAUCACUGCUUAUCAUUGUAAUUUUACGCCUAAUUAAGACUAAUCAUAAGCUUGCCCAUGGUGACUGUUUAUGUGUAUUUAUGCUGUGGCAUAACUAAAUGACUUGCUGUACAUAACCUCGCUCAGGGAUGCAGUUUGUACACCCAUUUUGUUCAGCUUUCCAACUCCAUGAAAAAGCAUCUUCAAUUUUUGUUGUUCUUUAGUGUUUAAGCUCAUCAUAUUUGAAAUAUUAUCUUUAUAUUUA